UGCUUGCAUACGCUACUUUACCAGCACUACGAGGUUAUGAUUUCAUAUAUCUUGCACUGGCUGCCGACUAAUUUGAUAUUAUUAAUUAAUCGUGGUUCGUAUGAUGACUUCUGGUUAUGACUAUUUCAAAACAACCAAAGAACAUGGAGGCAUGUAUUCAAACCACUGCUGCAUAUAUCCUAAUCCUUCAUAUAGCAAAUCACAGUUUAUGUUAAUUAACAGUAGAAUUUCUGGUCUAGCUCUUAUCCUUGGUGAACAAUCUGGUUAUCUUUUGCUAGCUAGUUUUGGUUACGGGUUCAGGAGUAGAGUAUGUAAGCAUGGAUCAAACAGCUUUCGGAAUUGAUUCUGCAGAGAAGCGUCUCAAUGAGCUCGGAUACAAGCAAGAACUCAGAAGAGAAAUGACAUUUUUCAAGACUCUUGCGAUUACAUUUUCGAGCAUGGCAGUUUUUAUCGGGACACCUCUCUAUGGGCCAAGCCUACGUUAUGCAGGACCUGCAAGCUUGAUAUGGGGAUGGGUUGUUGUCACUUUCUUCACUUGGUUUGUUGGGAUUGCCAUGGCUGAGAUUUGCUCUUCUUUCCCCACCACGGGUUCGCUUUACUUCUGGGCUGCUCAUUUGGCUGGACCCGAGUGGGGGCCAUUUGCAUCCUGGUGCUGCGCUUGGCUCGUGACCAUUGGAGCCGUUUCUGGAAUUGGUGGUCAGGCAUAUUCAGGAGCCCAAUCACUACAGAUGAUUAUAUUUCUCGCCACAGGAAACAACAAGGGCGGAGGCUAUUUCGCUUCAAGAGGUGUUUUCUUGUGCAUGUAUAUGGGUUUCACUAUCAUAUGGGCAGUACUCAACAGCUUUGCUUUACAAGUCAUUGCAUUCCUUGACAUUAUCUCCAUGUGGUGGCAGGUGAUUGGGGGUGUAGCAGUGAUUGUAAUUCUUCCUUUGGUGGCACAACAAACACAAUCUGCUUCUUUUGUGUUUACUCAUUUCGAAACAUCACCCGAGGCAACUGGAAUAAGCAGUAAACCUUAUGCGGUCAUUCUAUCUGUGCUGCUAAGCAACUACUGCCUAUAUGGCUACGAUACCGCGGCUCAUUUAACCGAAGAAACAAAAAGUGCUGAUAGAACUGGCCCUGCUGCGAUUCUUUCCAGUAUUGGCAUUAUCUCUGUUUUUGGAUGGGCAUAUUACUUGGCUCUUACUUUCAGUAUCCAGGAUUUUAACUAUUUGUACGAUGUGAACAACGAGACUGCUGGUGCGCUAGUUCCAGCACAGAUAAUCUAUGAUGCAUUUCAAGGAAGGUACCAUAAUUCAACUGGAGCAGUAGUUUUUCUAUGUAUCAUCUGGGGAUCCUUCUUCUUCUGUGGGCUUUCAGUAACUACUAGUGCUGCCAGAGUGGUCUAUGCUCUAUCAAGAGACAAGGGGAUCCCAUUUUCACCUAUCUGGAGAAGAAUUCACCCGAAGUACAAGGUUCCAACAAAUGCUGUGUGGCUGUGUGCUACCAUUAGCAUUAUUAUUGGACUACCCAUCCUGAAGCUUGAUGUAGUUUUCACAGCCAUUAUAUCGAUAAGCACAAUUGGCUGGGUUGGAGGCUAUGCUGUACCAAUAUUUGCAAGGCUUGUCAUGGCUGAGAAAAACUUCAAACCAGGACCUUUUUAUUUGGGUAGAGCAAGAAGGCCGAUUUACUUGGUGGCGUUCUUAUGGAUAUGUUACACUUGUUCAGCCUUCCUCUUGCCAACUCUCUACCCAAUCCAGUGGAAAACUUUCAACUAUGCACCGAUAGCCAUUGGCAUAUUUUUGACGCUGAUAAUGCUUUGGUGGGCGUUUGAUGCUAGAAAAUGGUUCAAGGGACCCGUAAGGAAUAUCGAUUUACGAAAUGGUCAUAGUUGAGGCGUGAUGCUAAAGUCUACGAGACUUGUCCAUCCAUGUUGUAUCUUCCGAUUGUGUUGGAGGAACAGCUCAUUUUCAAUUUCUUCCAAUGAUAACUUGUAUUGAUUCGUCUAGUGUCGAUAAGUUUUACAAUUUCAAUAAAUAUUUGUGUAAAGAUACGACAACCUUGAUCAGCAGUAAUGGAACUCAAUCAAAACUA